UCUCUGCCUUCGCCUCUUCUGUUUUUCCAGCAUGACUGCAGGAUGGCGGCUCUGUGGCCUCUCCCUCUGCUGAUCUCUGGGUCUCUCUGGGCAUGUUUGGCAAUGAAUCUCCCUGAGCCUCACAACGGGUCCCUCUUGGUGGGCUUCAACACCAGUCAUGUCAGCCCAUCUGCGGAUCUGCCCAGUGCUCUAAGGGUGUUCAGCUUGGACUACCACCAUGUGCAGGCUCCCUUUGAGAUUGUGCUGUGGAUAAUGCUGGCCUCACUGGCUAAGCUGGGUUUCCACUGGUCAGGUCGAGUGCCAGCUGUUGUCCCAGAAAGUUGUGUCCUCAUCAUGGUGGGCCUCCUCGUGGGUGGGGUGAUCUACGGGGUCCGACACUCUGCUCCCCCUACUCUGAGCGCUGAUGCGUUCUUCCUCUUCCUGCUUCCGCCCAUCGUUUUGGAUGCAGGAUAUUUCCUGCCAGGAAGGCUGUUCUUUGAAAACCUUGGUACCAUCCUCUGGUAUGCGGUGCUGGGAACUUUAUGGAACAUUCUGGGCAUCGGCCUGUCUCUGUACGGUGUUUGCCUACUCGCUCCAAGCUCUCUGGGUGACAUCUCUCUGCUCCAUUGCCUGCUGUUUGGCUCCUUGAUAGCUGCUGUCGAUCCAGUGGCUGUGCUUUCUGUUUUCCAAGAGAUGCAUGUCAAUGAACAGCUGCACAUUUUGGUGUUUGGAGAGUCACUGCUCAAUGACGCCGUUACAGUGGUGCUCUACAAGCUAUUUGAGUCCUUUCUGCGGCUGUCGUCAGUGACAGGACUGGAUGUGCUGGUGGGAGGUUGCAGAGUGGUAGUGGUGGGUCUAGGAGGCCUCUUUGUGGGACUGUUCUUUGGCUUGGUGACAGCUCUCACCUCACGGUUCACCUCCAGAGCCCAGGUCAUCGCUCCUCUGUUUGUCUUCCUCUAUUCCUAUCUGUCCUACCUGACUUCAGAGAUGCUUCACUUCUCAGGAAUCGUGGCUAUUGUGACCUGUGCUGUGACCAUGAAGCAGUAUGUGGAAGCUAAUGUGUCAGAACACAGCAACACCAGCAUCCAGUAUUUCCUGAAGAUGUGGAGUAGUGUGAGUGAGACCUUGAUCUUCAUCUUCCUUGGGGUGUCCACCAUACAAGACAUACACAUGUGGAGCUGGCCCUUCGUCUGCUCUACCCUGCUGCUCUGCCUCGUCUGGAGGACCACAGGCGUUCUGUUGCUCACUGCUGUCGUGAACAAGCUUCGGAGGAAUGCUGUGACCUUCCGAGACCAGUUCAUCAUUGCCUACGGUGGCCUCAGAGGAGCCAUCUGCUUCUCCCUGGUCUUCCUCAUUGAUGACUUCCCAAAGAAAAGACUCUUCAUCACAACUACCAUCGUAGUCAUCCUUUUUACUGUAUUCGUGCAGGGGAUGACCAUCAAGCCUCUUGUGGAGCUGCUGGAUGUGAAGAGGAAAAAAAGAGCUCUCCCUACAGUCAGUGAGGAGAUCCACAGCAGGCUAUUAGACCACUUGCUGUCAGGAAUAGAAGAUGUGGUUGGCUACUGGGGGCAGCACUACUGGAAAGACAGGUUUGAGCAGUUCAACAGAAAGUACCUUCGACGUGUUCUUAUUGGUGAGCAUCACCAGGCUCGCUCCAGCAUCCUCAGAGUCUACCAGGAGCUGGAGAGAAGGGAGCAGCGGGGGGAGGAGGCACCACCAGUAGUGGACCCUCGCCCCAGCAGCCGUCCCCUCUUACCAGAGGAAAUGGACAGUAUCAGGCGCAUUCUCUCCAGAAACCUUCAAAACUUUAACAACAAGCAGACCCCAGCCUACAGCAGACACACGCUUCACCAGAAUGUCACCACGGACAGAAUGAGGAAGCCCCUGCACAGACAUAUGAGUCUUCCGUUGAGAUGCACCUAUAAUACGAUCACACACUGCCCACAGCGGGAUGAUGGAGAGUUUUCUUACAGAGGGAGAGCACAACUCAGCAGAUCUCAUACAGUGUGCUCAGCAAGCCGAAGAUGGUCCGAGCCACCUGGCACUUUGGUCCCAGCUCUUCAGGAUAGGACUCUGGAUCAUAAACCUGCUGAGGAGGAGCAUCAUUCUCCACAGCACAAGGCAGCAAUAGAGAGAGCAACAAAGAAACAUCUCAGCUUUGUUUUAGAGAAUGAGAAACAGCUAUAAAGGGAGACAGAAAGAAAGAAAAGGAGAGUUAAUAAAGCAUUAGUCCAAUCAGUAGCUCCUAUUCUGUGAGCCAUGCAUCGGUAAAGCAGGACCGAUAAAAGCAGUGUUAUGGACACAUUCUACAUAAUGAAUGAAAUGGUUGUAUCUUCU